CACUAACUCCUAUCCUGUCCCACCCACUUCUUAAAAGUUAACUACGCCACUGAAAAAGACCCAUUUCUGAACACUGUGAAGCAAAGCUGACUUCUGUCUUAUUUAUCGGUCUGUUUUAGAAAACAGGAUGUCUCACACUGUCAUACCCAUGAACUCUUCAACACUCGUCAUCCAGCUGCAAACAGCACCUGAGACGACGGACACAAAUUAUCCUGGAAUGACGGGAGCUUCACCUCUUCAAGGACUUCAGACAUUUCUGAAAGGAGAACCGAAAGCCCUUGCGAUGGUCCAGAUAAUGAUCGGUGUGAUGACUUUCCUGUUUGGCAUUGUGUCUACACUUAAUGCAGAAGCCAUCUUUGUCUAUACUGGUGUUCCUUACUGGGGAUCUCUCAUUUACAUUACCGCAGGUUCACUCUGCAUUGCUGCAGAAAACAAAAUGAAGUCUCCCUACAGUUUGUGUUUGAUGAAUGCUUCACUGGGAAUGAACGUUUGCAGUACGAUAUCUGCAGGCAUUGCCAUUAUUGCACUUUCACUAGAUUUUGCUUUUUGGCGUUACCGUUACUGCAGCCAUUCUUCCUGUUAUUUAGGGGCAAAGUACGCGACUCUCUUCCAUGGAAUCAGAGGGGUAUUAAUGUUAUUCGCCGUGUUCGAGUUUAUCAUCUCCGUCUGUCUGUCAGCAUUUGCCUGUAAAGCCAGUGCCUACAGUUCUACUUCUCUGGUGCAGUUUGCGCAGGUUUUAUCACCUCAGUCCUCUGAUUUCACGCGUUUACAUGAUCUUAACAACUCAGAGAUACCUGUGGCAAGCAGCUCUUCCAUUAAUCACCAGUCUGCAGACACUCCUCCAUAAUACAGUGAACCCAAACAAAUAUGAAUAAGUGGGCUGUUACCUGUUAUGAAACAAAAUAUAUGUGAAUGUAUUAGAACAGUGGUCCCAAACCUGUGCUGGAGGACCCCCUGCCCUGAACCUUUUGUAUGUCUCCUUCAUCUAACCAGUCCCUCCAGGAUUUCGCAGAGCUUUUUUCUGAUUUUUUGCGGCCUAAAAUAACAUUUUUUUUCUGCAGCUUUUUUCAAAAUUUGUGGCAAUAUUUGUGCCAUUUCUUAUUGUUUUGCAGUGCAAAUAUACCACAGAGAACAUUCUUCUAACACUGUUAUGACUUGGAAAACCACUGUUGGUCUCCAGACUAACGUUUGAAGACACCAACACUAGUGCUAUGAAGAUCUACAGAAGGUGUCUCCAGCACCUGACAGUAAAACACUCCCUAAUCACACAUGUACAUCUUGGAGACGUCUAUUUAAUGUCUGCAUUUACAAAUGCAAGAUGUGUUUUUAACAGUGCUUGUUCAUCUGCUGUACGUCUCUAAGAUGUUUCCUGUCAGAUGUCAAAUAGACAUUUAUUAGAAAGCAUGUAAAACUGCUUCUGAGAGCUUUAUCAGAUUACACAGCAGAUGAUUCCCAGAUCUUUAGCAGACGUCUUACUACAUCUGAUAAAAUGUUCUUUUAUCAGUUUUUUGUAAUGUCUAAAUGUAAUUUAAUGAAUAUGGAAAUAUAUAUUUUAGGGAGUGGCCUAUAAGUACUCCUCUAGUGGUAAUUUUAUAUAUAUUUUUAUUUUUAAAUAACUUUGCUUUAAUACAUUAUGAAACGUUUAGUUUUAUUCAUGGGGGAAACCUAUGAAGGAUGUACAAAUAUUAAUGUCACAUUAAAAAUAACUUUCAAAUUCUGUAAUAAUUAAAGCUUUGAAGUGCUGGGAAAAGUGUGAAGCAUUUAAUAUCACUCGAAAACAUUAAACCAUUUCUGCCACAAGUUGUUCCUGUAGUUUACUGUUAAAUCAAUGGUGAGCGGAGGUGGAGAUUUGUGUUUAUUGAACAAUGUUUUACCUGGUUUUCACAUCAGUAAAUUAUUUAACAACUAAAUAAUUAAAAAUGUCAACUUCUUCAUUUCUCCUUCCCACUGUGUUAUGCAGUAGAUGGACAUCCAAAAUGAUCGUUCUGCUGCCACCUCGUCUGUAAAGUGCAUUUGCAGCCUUUGACCGCUGAGUGGCGCUUUAACCACAAGUUAUCAAAAAGGCGCAUCAAAGCACAUUUUCCCAAAUACACGUCAGUUUUGCCUCACUGAUGUGUUACAUUUGACUGCUUCAGUUGCGGAAAAUGAAAAAAAAACCCCACUGUAGUUAAAAUAUUUAAUAUGUAAUAUUCACAGAUGAACGUUUAG